GAGAACUUAACUGCGCGCUCUUUGGCCCCACGGGAGUGGACGUCAGCAGCUCGGCAAGCCUCUCUCACACUCACACUCACAAGUGGAAAUAAAAGUAGCUGCUCGACUACAUAACUUGAAGGCGCACACAGACGACAGCGUGGAACUUUUACGCACGGCAUUUUCGUCCUGACGCGCCAGAGGAAUCCACUUAUUAUUAUUUUUUAACCCUUUCCUCCCACGCAACUUUGCGCUAUCUGGAAUUCCUUUCCUAUACUACUAUCAUUUUAAGAACUAUUUCAGCGAUGUUGUCCACGCACCUGCCGCUGUUGGUGUUGAACUGUUUUCUGGGUGUCGUGUCAAGCAGGACGGCGCAGGACCAGAGUUUUCCGCGGUCCCGAUCGUCAGGGGACGUGGAUCGGGACGUGGUUUUCCAGCAUAUGUCCAAACUGUAUGAGAGAUGCAAGAGCGAGCGGCACAUCAAAGAGGGAAACACGAUCAGGACCUUCAAAGCAAGCCAAGUGCCCUCUGACCUCCGCACAGUGUACCACCUAAACCUUACAACGCUCCCGGACUCGGAGGUCAUCCUCUCAGCCACAUUCCACUUCCUGCUAGGACGGCUCCCUCCUCCAAAAGCGUGGAUGUGUAAACGCAUCAAGAGUCCGUCUUGCCGUCGCUCCCCCAAGUACCCGUCUCCGUCCGUCAGCCUGCUCCUUCACGCUGUCUCCUCCAGGUCAGGGGUUAGUUCUGGGUCAACAGGGUCAUUUCUAGGCAAUGUGACCUUACACCCCCACAGGAGAGGGGUGUGGCAGAUGAAAGACGUGACCCAGGUCAUAAAGGAGGCGCGGGACAAGGGUCACCUCCUACUGUCGGUGGAGUUGGACUCAGGACAGCAUGACCAGAGAAAAGCAGAAGAGUCAGACAUGGCCUACCUGUUAGUCUUUGCGGAUGACCAAGCCUUGGCCGAGCCUAACAGUGUGGUUCCGAGCCUUCAGAGAUACGACCCGUUCUCCGAGGGAGUAGAGCCUUCAACUUCCCCUCACCUUCUGCAUGGACCUAAUUUCUUACCAAAGAUCAAAGGACGCAUGAGGCGGGAAGCAACUUCUCUGCCAGACUCGAUCGAUAACAAUGAGCUGCCUGAGGUUGACUUCAGGCUUGAUGGAUUCAGGAAGGACAACCUUUGGGAGAGCUCGUGGUAUCCAGAAAUCAAACCCAAAACGAAAGCCGGAAAACAAGAGAAACCAAGGAAGAGCCAAGAGGAAGGAAGCAGAUGGCAUGAAGAAGAAUCAACCAUGACGACCACGGAUGGGUUCAAAUCUGAAGACUCGGUCUUAAAAAGACAGAAAGUUGGUGCAAGUCGAAGGCACGAGCAGAGACAUGAGGGGAGGGAUCGCAGGAAGCACAACAAAGGCAGCGCUCACCCUCACUCUCCCAUUUUGAAUUUUGACGAACAAACUAUGCGUAAGGCCAGAAGACGACAGUGGGAAGACACCCAGCACCAACGAUGCUCCAGGAGGAACCUCCGAGUGGAUUUCGCAGACAUCGGCUGGAGCGAAUGGGUCAUUGCGCCACAAGCCUUCGAUGCCUACUACUGCUCGGGCACAUGUGGAUUCCCCAUGCCCAAGGUGGUGAGGCCCUCGAACCACGCCACCAUCCAGAGCAUAGUUCGAGCCGUCGGGAUCCUUUCAGGAGUUCCGGAACCUUGCUGCGUACCAGAGACGAUGAGUCCUCUGGCAGUGCUCUAUCGAGAAGAAUCCAAGGACCUGGUGCUCAAGAUUUACCCGAACAUGUCUGUUCAGUCCUGCUCCUGCAGAUAAAACUACAACAAUUAAGGUGAAGGACAAACCAGGAAUAAGACUUACCGGUACCUCUGAUUUUUAAAAUGUGUUUUUUUUUUUUUGCAUUUGACAUAACAGAGUCACUCGUGAAGUGUUUUACCGACAGAAACAUAGGCUGUUGAACAUUUAUUUCCAUGUUUUCUGUCCUAUGACUCUGAGAGACUUUUAAAAGACUUUAUCACAAGAAGAUCACAGAUAUGGACUUGGAUUCACAUUUUCUGUGAAAUCAAAAGCUUUCAUGAUAAAAAACAAAAAUCAAUAUGUUGCAGAAAAGCUCACAGAGAUAACUUAUAAACAUGUUGCUAUAUUUAUACUUUU